AUGACUUCGAAGUAUGAAUCGCAGCGGCAUAAGGUCGAAGGACUUCUCAAGAAGUAUCCACUGGAUGUAUUCCCGAAUUGGACCAUCAAUAACGGAGAACGGUAA